GGGGAGCAGCCCCGGCAUUGCCAGGACCCCCGUCCCCUCCUGGGACGGGGAGCGGGUCCGUGUGGCUCCCAGCUCGCCCGUCUCCUGCGGGUCCUCGCUGGCGGUGAUGCCGUGUGGCUCUGGAGCUGGGUGCUGACCCUCCCGGGGCCUUCUCCUCACUGGGACCGGGGCCAGGACGAGCUUUUGGCAAGAUGUUCUCGCCGGUGGGCUGCAGGAGGGAAUUCCUGGGCUGCUCCAGGGAGCCCGGUCCAUGGCAGGCUGGACCACCACCGUCCCACGCUCACGGCCCCCAGGACGUCUGGGACAAGCCGCCCUGGGAGCACCAGCACAGGAGAGGCAGGGGCGGAUGGUGCCCGCGCGGUCCAUGGGACCCCAGACCCUUCCCUGGCCCUGCCGACUUCCAUGGGAACGAGGAGGGCAGAUGGGCACCCCACGACUGUCCCCCAUCACCCUCUUGGGAUGACAGAGAAGACAGAGGAGGACCUGAGGAAUUCUUCGGAGAGGGCUGGCACCGGCCCGGUCCCUGGGACCCCAGACCCUUCCCUGGCCCCGCCAACUUCCAUGGGAAUGAGGAGGACAGGAGAUGGGCAGCCCACAACCGUGCCCCGCCACCCCCUUGGGAUGACAGAGAAGACAACCAAGGACCUGAGGACUACUUCGGAGAGGACUGGGACCAGCCCGGUCCCUGGGACCCCGGACACUUCCCUGGCCCUGCCGACUUCCAUGGGAACGAGGAGGACAGGAGAUGGGCACCCCACGACCGUCACCCACCACCCCAUUGGAAUGACAGGGAAGACAACCAAGGACCUGAGGACUGCUUCGGAGAGGGCUGGCACCGGGAGCCGUGGUCUGGCCCCAGCUGCUUUGCCUGGUCUGAAUUUCCCGGCGAGGAACAACACCCACCGUGGCCCCCCGCCAGCCUGCCAGGGUGGGUGGCCGUGCUGAGGGUGGGGGGACCGUGCAGCCGUGGGGUGGUGAGCAGGGGUGCCGGGACCACGCUUUGCUCCAGUGCACAGCCAAGGGGGGAUGCAGUGCUGAAGCUGGCCCUGCUCAGGGUGGGGGGGGUUGCACCAGAGACCCCUUCCAGCCUAAAUCCCCCACCCUGGGGCUGCCUUUGCUCCCGCAGAGAGCGAGGCAGCUUUCAGGAUGGCUGCCCAUCCUGGGGCUAUCACGGCCUGGGUGGGAAACGCAGCAGACGCCUUCGCCGUGGCCACCGAGAGUUAACCUUGGUCCAGCGCCUUCCGUGUUCCUGGCCCUCCAGAGGGAAUCGGCCGUUCUGCAAGUCCUCUCAUUCCCUCCCUGGGACAAGCCAGCCAGGGGUCAAAGAGCAGCAGCACUCUGCUUCUCCCCAGCUGCUUAUGUCCUGCAAAGGUGGUGUGCUGAGCAGGAAGCAGACGGCUCAGGGCCCGCCGGCAGCGAGCAAGAAGGUCCCGGAGCCCCCCAGCCCGGCCAGCAGCCCUCAGAAGAGCCCGGCCACUGAUCCCCGGGCUGCGACAGAGGCUGCAGAGCCGGAGCAGGCAGCAGAAGCGGCGUCGGUCGAGCCAGGAGCCAGGCAGAAACCUGCAGGCAGCCACAGCCAAGUGGAAACAGCUUUGGAAACAGAGCCAGCCCCGUCGGAGAAGAGCCCUGCUGGGACGGGGGAGCAACUUGAGGUAGAGCCGUGCAGCCAAAGUGUCCCUAAGGCUGGUGCAGGUGGUGGGUCACAUCCCCACAGUCCAACAGCCCCUCCGGAGCCUGCCGAGAAGGUCCACGCCGCGGCCGGCUCUGCUGGAGAGGCGGGUGCUGAGCUCUGCCCGUGCUCCGGGGGAGAGCAGCAUCUGCAGAACGGAGCUGAAGAAGCCAAGGGAGAAGCUGCCUGCGAUGAGCUUCUCGGUGUCCUUCAGCCAUCCGACAACUCGCAGGUCCUGCCGGGAGCUACCGUGGAGCCUGACGCACAGCCCAGCCAGGCUUGCUCCGAUAUCUGUGCUGUGCCAGAGACCUCACCAGGGACCCAGCACCAUCCUGGGUCCGGUGAGACGGAACUGGCUGCCGACAGCCAGCACCAGCUCUGCUCCACGCUCCCGACACCCUCCCCGGCCAGCACGGACCUCCGCUCCGCCGCCGUCCUCGCCAGGAAGGAGGAGAUCGAGCUGUCGUACCAGCAGUUCAGCCUGACCAUCGCGGUGGUGGCCACGAUGCUGCUGCAGAAGGAGCCCUCCAUGGAGGCGGCGCUGGGGCUGGCGCUGAGAGCCAACCUCCGCCAGGGCCGGAUCCAUCACCUCCAGGAGCUGGAGGAUUUCAUCGACAGCUAUGACUCGGCCACCCUCAGCCGCUGAGGGGGGGGCCGGGGUGAGCGGACGGACACCCCCUCUCACCGGUUAGAGGGGGUGAUGGGGGGGGCUGUGCCCGUGCAGCGGGGUGCUCGUGAUGGGGCCAAGCCCUCGGGUCGAGGCGAUACGGACACGUUGGCACAGUCUCGCCAUCUCUCUUGGGAAUGGAGGAGGAGGGGGCUGCUUAGUUUUAGCCCUGCCCAGACCAGUUUGUGCAGCAAAAGGGGGAGCUGGUUUUGCUAGAGGGUGAUGGGAGGGACAGCGGAUGUGGGGAGCUCCCCGGCUCCUCGCUCCAUUCCUGGUUCACAGGGAUGUACCUCGAAACCCUGGGGUUUGUUCUUGGUUUUAAAUCUAAAAAUAAACCAGCUGUGAUGUAUGCA